AUGGAGCGCACCGCACCGAUCGAACAGCCCCUGCAGUCCGUGGCCGACAUCCUGGCCGAGGGCGAGAGCUCCCGCCUGACCCUCUCGCGCAACCUCGUCCGGCUCUACGCCCUCCUGGUGCCCGCCUGCCUCGUCGUGUCGGCGACCAACGGCUACGACGCCUCGGUGCUGACGGGCCUGCAGGGCGUCGCCGAGUGGAAGCGGCAGUUCCACUCGCCGACGGGCGCCCUGCUGGGCAUCACGAGCGCGGCCUACCCGCUCGGCGCCAUCUGCUCGACGCCCUUCUCGGCCUUGAUCUCGGACCGCUUCGGGCGCCGGCUGUCCAUCCUGGUCGGCAGCCUCAUCAUGAUCGUCGGCGUCGUCAUGCAGUGCGUCAGCACGUCGAUCGGCCUCUUCAUCGGCGGCCGCGUGGUCGUCGGCUUCGGCAUCACGCUCGCGCUCGCCGCGGCCCCGGUGCUCAUCUCGGAGCUCGCGCACCCGCGGCACCGCGUCCUCUUCGGCUCCCUCUACAACACGAGCUUCUACCUCGGCGCGCUGCUCGCCGGCUGGGUCACCUUUGGCAGCUACCGCAUGCCCGGCGCCUGGGCCUGGCGCCUGCCGACGCUCCUGCAGGCCAGCCCCGCCUGCCUCCAGGCCGCGUUCGUGUGGUUCCUCGACGAGUCGCCGCGCUGGCUCGCGUACAAGGGCCGGGGCGAGGAGGCGUACGCGAUCCUGGCGAGGAACCACGGCGGCGGGGACCGGGAGCACCCGCUGGUCCGGGCCGAGUACUGGGAGAUGACGGAGGCGCUCGCGGCGGAGCGGGAGAUGGAGGGCCAGGGCCUCGGGCUGUUCUUCGUCUCGCCGGCGAACCGCAAGCGGCUCGCCAUCCUCGUCACGCUGGCCGUCUUUGGGCAGUGGUCCGGCAACGGCCUGGUGUCCUACUACCUGACCAAGAUCCUCACGAGCAUCGGCAUCAGCGGCCAGCACGACCAGACGCAGCUGCUGGGCACGAUCCAGACCGUCAACUACGCCACCUCGCUGUGCGCCGCCGUCCUCUCCACCAAGAUCGGCCGCAGGCCCAUGUUCAUCGGCGGCGGCGUGGCGAUGCUCCUGACGCUGGCGGCCCUGACCGCCAGCAUCGCCUCGUACGUGCAGACCGGGUCGACCGCCGCCAGCAGGUCCGCGCUCGCCUUCAUCUUCAUCUACUACACGGCCUUCAACGUCUGCCUGAACCCGCUCCUCUUCCUCUACCCGACCGAGACCCUCCCCUUCAGGCUGCGCGCCAUGGGCCUGAGCAUCCUCGUCUUCUCGACCAAGGCCGCGUCCUUCUUCAACCAGUUCGUCAACCCCAUCGGCAUGGACGCUCUCGGCUGGAAGUACUACCUAGUCUACGUCGGGUGGCUGGUGGUCGAGAUCUUUGUCUUUUGGCUGCUCUACCCGGAGACCAAGGGUUAUACUCUGGAGAGGCUCCAGGCCGUGUUCGGCGAGGAUGUCAAGCUCUCCGGGCUGGAGGAGAAAGGCCUUCGGGAGGGAGCCAAUAUCGCCGUGGAACAAAAAGGCAUUGCUGAUGAUGGUGUGCACGUUGAGAAGUCGAGGUAG